AGCCGAAUCAAUUAGAUUUCUUACACUUUUCUACUAACUAAUCCAUAUUUCUCACCUGUAAUACGGUUUUUAAGACAGCAAAACCAUGGGAGCAUCUAGCAGCCAUGCGAUCGAGUAUGAAGAAGCAAGAAAAUCAUUCUCUGAGUAUGAGCAAACAAAAUUGGACGAAGUGUUCAAGAAAAUGUCAAGUCACAAUGAACAUCAAGCCGAAGUGAUAGAAAAUCAUUCUUUUCAGAGUUUUACAUCAUGGCUCCUUCCAGAGCCAGUGAGCAGGCGUUUUUUCAGAGAAAUGUGUGGAAUACAGGUUUCAUUGGAACAGGGAAAUGUCAGCAAUACUGACGUCAGCAAAGAAGCCUUCAUAGUUGCUCUCUCUCAUUUCCUCAAGAGAAGUAAAGAAGAUAAAGCUAACAUAUUCUUUUUAGUAUCUUCUGACGCAAGUUCUGUUAGCAAGGAAGACAUUGCUAGCUUGAGUGGUACUUUAUUGGAUGCGUACGUCAUAGCAUUGAAGUCAACAUCCAUAGGAGGAAAAUGGAAGAUUGACUCAAAUGAAAGAGACAAGCAGAGAUUUGUAUCAAUGGCUAUGAAUGAACUUGACAAAGAUGGAAAGUUGUCAUCUGUGUCAGUCCAUGAUUUAGUUUCAUGGUUUAGUCAUUUUCCUUUGAUAGAGCACAUGUUUGCAGCCGUGUUGCGAGCUUGCUUCAUUGAUUUAGAAAGUAUUAUUGAAACUCAUUCUCAUGGUCUUGCUGAAGGAUGUGAAGAGACCAUUGAACACAUUCGAUACGACAGGUCUCAUAUUCUUGUUCCUUGUAAACUUGAAGUGAACUUUAGUGAAACUGAAACACUCCUUGAUAUACCAUCUAUGCUGACACUGAAUGCCUCUCUUCCUGCAACACUGCGCCACAGAUGGCGACUACUAUUCUCAACCAAGACACAUGGAGAGAGUUUCCAGUCACUUCUCCACCAGAUAACCCAUCAAGGUCCAACACUAGUUAUAAUUAAAGACACAGAUAGCCAUGUUUUUGGAGGCUUUGCAUCAACAAGUUGGGCUAUCAAAUCACAGUUUGAAGGUGAUARUAGAUGUUUCUUGUUCAGUCUUGAGCCAUCCCUAGUCAUCUAUCACCCUACAGGAUACAAUGACAACUUCAUGUACUUGAACCAYAACAUGCAAACAUUGCCAAAUGGAAUGGGCAUGGGAGGACAAUUUAACUACUUUGGAUUCUGGCUGGAUGAUAGUUUUGGCACAGGGCAUUGUAAAGGUGAACCAUCCACGACAUAUGGAAACCCAAGAUUAUCAGCUAAGGAGUCCUUCUCCAUUGAUGAACUAGAAGUCUGGGGAGUUGGAGUUCCUCCAGAAACUGAGCUUAAAGAUCGGAGUGUUCUAGAUACAGAGAUAGAAGCCAAAGCAUUUCUUGAAGUGACUGGAAAAGAGUUCCACAGUGAAGGGCUUAGAGAACCUGAUCCAGCAGACUAGAUCAUUGAGCAAAAUAUCCUGAUUCUACAAUAUAGUGGAAAUAACCUAACUCCUACAUUACCUAUCUCACAAGAAAUCUUUUAGUUUCCUUAUCGUCUGGUAUGAACAAUGGGAUAGAUGUUUUCCUUGGAGAGUCCUUUUUACAAAUGCGCUUUUGUUCUGGAAGACAUAGAAUUAAAUUUAAAAUAGUACAAUAAAUUCUUUAUAAUCUAAAUACUCUCUCUAUGGUACCUGGCAUUAGCAAAGCAAAUAAAAACUGGAAUCAUUUAUUCUUUCAGACAACAAUAGGUUUUCAUACAUAAAUAUAUUAAAAACAAAAUUUAAAGGCAUGAAUUGGGGUUUCAAUGACAUAUACACAAAAUGUUAACAUGUUUAUGUGCAACCUGGGUUUCUUGUAAAGGACACAGGAAGCCCAGUAAUAGAAUAAGGGACAAGACAUCCUAUAAUAUAUUUCAAUUUGUUUAUUCAAUUUCUACAAUACCAUUUUUCAAUAAAAUGUUUUUUUAAUUUUA